UUCCAUUCUGAUGGCCAUUAUGGAGGCAGGUACCGAGGCACCUAGGUUUGCCCAUCAAACGGCGUUCUCUCUGCUUCGAUCGCAAUGGUGCCAUCCCACGGCAGAAUGAGGCCCUCCGAUACGUAUAAGCUAUCCGUGGUCGAAGCUGAAGACUUGGAGCCCUUGCUUCACUCAGAACCAGACUCUUCGCGCCUUCGACCUGCCGAGCCAGUAUCAAUGACCGCCAACGGCAAAGCUCGCCGUCCACUACGCAGCUACAUCUGGGAUACGUGGGAUAAGUCGCCUGAGGAACGAAAGUUCCUGGGCAGACUCGACGCUUGUUUGCUCACAUAUGCUGCGCUCUCGUAUUUCAGCAAGUAUCUUGACCAGCAGAACGUUACGAACGCGUAUGUGUCGGGAAUGAAGGAUGACCUGAAACUGCACGGCAACGAGCUCAACUAUAUUACAACUGCAUGGACAUGCGGCUACGUUAUCGGACAGAUACCUUCAAAUCUCUUGCUCACUAGAGUCCGGCCGUCAAUAUGGAUUCCAGCCAUGGAGCUCAUAUGGAGUGCACUAACGAUGGUCCUUGCGUCUGCCAAUAGUUUCUCGACGCUCGUGGUCAUCCGCUUUUUCGUCGGUCUGGCAGAGUCGACAUUCUAUCCGGCGAUCCAGUACGUCAUAGGGAGCUGGUACAAGGGAGACGAGCUGGCCAAGCGAGCCUGCAUCUUCCACACCGCAAGCGCGAUAGGACCCAUGUUCAGCGGGUUUCUGCAGACAGGAGCCUACAAUGGCCUGAACGGAGGCUCUUCAUCAUCGACGGCAUCAUCACUGUGCCUAUCGCAUUCUUGGGCUUCCUCAUCAUGCCAGGCACGAGCCUCAUUCCCCACGCCUCCGGAGAAUCCCGCUGAACCCGUUGUUCCCGCAGAUCUCCCUUCGAACACGAAGCCGUCGAUGCUCUAUACCCAAGAGCAGAUUGACAUGGCACAACAGCGGAUGCUGUCUGUCGGCAGAAAGCCCCCGACGCACUUCACGAAAGCGAAGGUCCUUGGGUUCUUCAGAACCUGGCAUGUCUGGCUCUUGACACCACUCUAUAUCCUGUUUAACAAUGCCAGCGGGCCGUCCACUUCGAUGAUCUUCUGGCUGCAGAGCUUCAAUACACCAGGGCACCAGAAGUAUUCUGUGGGACAGAUCAACACGUACCCUCUGGGUAUCUACGCCAUCCAGAUCAUCAGCACCCUGGUAUGGGCUUGGUGGUCGGACGCCAUGCAGCUUCGCUGGCCGCCCAUUAUUGUCGCCGGGCUAUGGCACAUGGUCGUCUGCAUUGUGCUGGCAGCCACGCCGUUGUACACGCAUAUAACGAGACGCUGGGCGUUUUAUUACUUCACAAACAUCCAGGGCGGACUAUCAGGCCUCAUUCUGGCUUGGGCUAACGAGCUGACCGGGAGCGACAGCGAGAAGAGAUCCUUCGUCGUCGCGUCCUGCAACACCUUCGCCUACGUCUUCCAGGCCUGGCUUCCAAUCGUGAUCUUCCCCCAGGUUGAGCAGCCACGCGUCCUGAAGGGCAAUAUCGCGACGGCAUGUAUCGACUUCGGCCUCAUAUCCGUCUGCUUGGCUGUGCUCUUCAUGCAGAAGCGCGACGAACGGAGAGCCCGCGCAGCGCAGGUCGCAGACGCCCUAACCGUUGCGGACCAGAGCAUGGAGGAGCUCAACGACGACAUCGACGCCAAAGACGACGCCAAGAUAAACGUCAGCAUCGACAGGAUCUCGGUGCAGUAACACGGUUCACAAGUGGCAUGUCGUUGUCUUUCUGUAUUGUACAUGGGGGACCAGCCCCUUCGUUUAAUGAUGCUCAGUGGUGGAGCGGAAGCCUCUGCAUCGACUACCAAUCAGGACGUGCCUCCACAUCAGCGUCUAGAAAGCGCACCAACGUCGCAGGCGUACCAGUCACACGAGGCAUCCGCGCGUGGGACAGCCCAGCGGCGCACGCGCACGCCCUCCGAAACACGCGCGCGGCGCCCCUGCAAGCGCACCAGCGCAACGCGCAGUACACACCGUCGAGAAAGCGCGGGUGCAGGAAGAUCUUGAUGCAGUCGCACCGGAAACCGUCGAUGAGCCAGCGGCGGCAGUCGCCCCCGGCGGCGAGCAUGGCGGCGAUGAGCACGAGGCACGCGACGUCGUCGUCCGCGAGGAGUGCGCACCACGCGGGCAGCACGCAGCCCUCCAGGAACCGGUCCCGCACGCGCGCGAGCGACAUAUCCAUGUCUUCCGGGGUGUGUCCUGUGCGAGACGGGUGAUCAGCACGGGAGGGUGUGUGUGUGCGCGCGCAAAAACGGGGGGCGUGUGCUGCCCGGGUACCUGGGUCUGAAGUCUUCGGAGAAUGGUGGGCCUGUCAGGAUGUCGCGCGGUCGCGAGUGAUAUACGCCGCAAGAGGCACCUCGUGCACCGGCAUGCACGGCGGCGAAGGGGCACGCCUACGCGCAAAUUAUCCCCGCAUGACAAUUAAUGGCACACCAGACUGGGUGGCGUUAUAUCCGACGGACG